AUGCCUUCCAAGAUCUACUCACUCGUUGGAUUCCAAGAUCAGAAACAAAAGCUGGAGAGCUCAUCAGAUGCCUUCGAACUUGGGAAAUCCAAACCCACAUUCGCCUCCGAGGUCAGCACCUUCGGAGUGGACACUCAAGAAGGCGAUAAGCUGAAGAUAUUUUGGUCGAGAGCCUUGACCUGCAUUAUUGCGCCAUUGUUUGUGACUGGCUACUACGUCGGACUCUAUCUACAUUGGAUAUCCUCAUAUGAUGCUGAUGGUCCUGUUCCUCAAGGCCCAAUUGGUGGCCGUUGGGCCUAUUACAUUUGGUUCGCUGUCAGUGCUCUCGGUAUUGGUUUGUCCAAGUAUGGAUUGGCAGGCGUUGAAGCUUCAAUGCUCAUGGAGAAGAAGUGGACAACAGACAAUGCAAUGCAACUGAUGACUCAUUGCGACAAGACUUGGUCAGGACCUGCUGGUUGGAUCUCUAUGCGAGUGAAACCUUCCAAAACGUGGAUUCUUCUCGCUACCCUCAGCAUGGCCCCAUACUUUGCCUUACCAUUGUCGGGCUUCACCCUUCAGCUAAGUACCGGUUAUCCAUCAAGUGCUUCCCAAGGUUCGACCGCGACGGUUCUUGGUCAGAGACCUGAUAGUUUUCUCGAUCAAAAAGUUGAUGAUGUCUUUACACGGUCCUUGAACCACUGGCGGUUUGCUAGUCCUGCAGUACUUACGAGUCGGUCGGCAUUCUAUCUUCCCGCUGACAAUGCAUCCAGUCUUGACCGAAGUUGGCUGCAAUCAUUCCCAAAUGAAUGGCCUGAUGAUCACCAAGUCACAACCUUCAUCGCUCCUCAAUCCCGAGAUGUUGUCGAAGGAGAGGCCUGGGGUCUCGAAACCUCAUUGAAUUGCACCAUUGUGUCAUCGUUGUCACAAUUUGAACUUUUGAGCCAGAGAAACAAAGAUGCAACGGCGCCUAGAUGCCCACCAAUUAACUUCAACAGUUCUGACUUGCUUCCAGAAUAUGAAGGGCUUCCCGACCUGUGCGACUUCGAUGUUUAUAUCCUUUCACCAAUCGAUAACGAAGUAUACUACAUGAUCGACCCAACCUUGUAUUUAUUUCCGAUCGGCAUGAUGGAGAUAGGGGUUAAAUAUGAUAAAACUGCUUAUGAUGAGACCUUCAGCGAUCCAAACCCCGUUCUUUUGGAGGCAGCUUUGUGGCAGAAUCCUAUCACAAUGGCGGAGAAGUGUCCUCCUCUAGACCACCUUGUGUCAAAUGACCUUGGAGUCUCGAUACCAGAUUUUCAGAAGAGCUUUGCCCUCAACAAUGUCACAAGUCUGCUUGUCGGAGAUGAUGCUGAUCAAAGUCCCAAACAACUCGAGGCAAUAGGGUUUCAAUGUCGGUCAUCAUUUCGUACUGGAACUGCCACUGUCAAUGGCCGCUCAGGCACAUAUUCAUCCUUCACCGUGCAAGAAGCAGACCCGAUUUAUUCUGCCACUGCUGUGCCCCUGCCAACGGCUUUGCCACGCAUCUUCCGAAGCGAGGUUGCAUCUGCCCUAACUCUGUUAGAGAUUAAUUCGGUCCAGGCCUUCAAUGAAGCAAUCGACGAUAUCGGCGUGGAUUUCUCAGGUAUUGGCAUGGGUUCAUUGAACCCCAUGUCUUACAUAGCCUCCAAUGCCUCGUGGUUGCAGAACAUCUAUCGAGCCGCCGAGGCGUACUAUGCGCAGCCUCUCUUCUGCGACGAAGACGGCAACGUGAACGUCACUCUGACAAGCACCUGGCAGCAACUACAACUAAUCAACUCCACACAAUUUCUCACCAGCUUCAUCCGUGCCCAAAAAGCGUACGCCUUGGAGAUGACAGCACCGACCGCGCGAGAAAGUCAACAGAUGGCUUGGACUGGCGCGCUGAGAACUGUAUCUCCAACCUUGAUCAUCGCAUCCGGCGAUGUACCACCACAGAUAGUGAUUGCACUCCUGGCAUUCUGGGCUCUGGGAUGUUCAAUCCUAGGCCUAACGUAUGGGCUGCGACAGCGAUGGAGCGAGACCCUCGAUGGCUUCAGCAUGUUCCGCUUUGGAAGCGACAACCCACACUUCAAUGCCAAGAAUGGUGGUCGUGGGGGAGAUGGUGGCGGAACAGCAAGACGCUACGCUGAUUGCCCGGGCCUGAAAGAGUUACCGGGUCUUAUCGGGGAUGCAAGACCUGAUCGAAGCGUUGGUUACAUUACCCUGGUUGAAGAAUGGAGAGGUGUCGCGAGUCGCGACAAGAAAUAUCUCUGA